UUCAGCGGCUGAGGAAGGAGUUUGGUGCGCGCAUACGCCCCCUAUACGCUCCUCUCCUCCUCUUCUCUCCUCUCAUCCAUCCAUCCACCCGAGAGCUGCUCUUCCCCCUCCGCCCGCUCAUUCAUCCUCUCGGACAGUCAGUCUCCAUCCUCUGACGGAGAACAGAAGCAGCAGGGCGGUGGCAGCCGAAGCCCUCAAUGGUCGGCAUUUGGACGGAAAUCCGCGCGUCAAACCUGGAGAGACAGGACUGCAAGUGAUUGCUAUGUCAGAGAGAAAUUCAGCCACCAAGAACCCAGCAGACGGAGGUUUUACGGAUCACGAUUCAAAGAUGUCAGAUGAGCACCGAGACACGGAUGAUUCGUCUGAGAAAACACCCAGUAGGAUGUCCAGAUCACCACAGAAAUCCAAAAGACCAAAGACGGUGCCUGUGAAAGUCCUGCUGCUGGACGGCUCGGCCUACGAGAGCGGCGUUGAGAAGCUCUGUAAAGGACAAGUGUUACUGGAUAUGGUGUGUGAACAUCUCAACCUGUUGGAGAAGGACUACUUUGGUCUGAGCUUUAGUGACACGGAGUGUCAGAAGAAUUGGCUCGAUCCUUCAAAAGAAAUCAAGAAACAAAUCCGUGUGGGUCCUUGGCAUUUCUCCUUUGCUGUCAAGUUCUAUCCCCCUGAUCCGUCUCAGCUGAUUGAAGACAUCACACGGUAUUACCUGUGUCUGCAGCUGAGGGAGGACAUUCUGUCAGGUCGUUUGCCCUGCUCGUUCGUCACUCAUGCUCUACUGGGCUCAUACGCCAUUCAGGCUGAGCUGGGAGACUAUGACCCCGAGGAACACGGGCCAGACUACAUCAACGAGUUCCGCUUUGCCCCCAAUCAGACUCGCGAGCUGGAGGAAAGGGUGAUGGAGCUGCACCGCACCUACAGGGGUAUGAGUCCUGCAGAGGCUGAAAUCAACUUCCUGGAGAAUGCCAAGAAACUCUCCAUGUAUGGCGUUGAUCUCCAUCAUGCUAAGGACUCUGAAGGUAUCGACAUCAUGCUGGGGGUUUGUGCCAGUGGCCUUUUGAUCUACAGAGACAGGCUGCGCAUCAACCGAUUCGCCUGGCCCAAGAUCCUCAAAAUAUCAUACAAGAGAAGCAACUUUUACAUCAAAAUCCGACCUGGAGAGUACGAGCAGUUUGAGAGCACCAUUGGCUUCAAGCUGCCCAACCACCGUGCCUCUAAGCGCUUGUGGAAGGUCUGCAUUGAACACCACACAUUUUUCAGGUUGGUCUCUCCUGAGCCUCCCCCAAAAGGUUUUCUUGUGAUUGGCUCAAAGUUCCGCUAUAGUGGACGAACCCAAGCCCAGAGCCGACAGGCUAGUGCUUUGAUUGACAGGCCAGCUCCUCAAUUUGAACGAUCCAUUAGUAGAAGGUACCUGUUGUCCCGCAGCAUAGACGGAGAGUCUGCUUUAGGGGACACCAUGGACCGACUCUCUCAGCACACUUCCAGUGAGCCUGUGCCUAGUCUUCCUAGAGAUGAGCUGGACCAGGACUACCUAGAGCCCAGUCUAGAUCAGGACCUGGACCAAGAUCAUGAACAAGAAGAAGAACAGCGACUAGAGAGUGACUCCACUCCCUCUAAAACGGUGGAGCUCAAGAGGGAGGAGGCAGGUUCUCCUGUAGACUCUAAGACAGAGUUGGACCAGGACUUGACCCCACGUCCUAAACAGGAGCAGUUCCUGGAUAAACCAGAGGAUGUGUUGCAGAAACAUCAAGCCAGCAUCAAUGAGCUGAAAAGAGCGCUGAGGGAGCCCAACAGCAAACUGGUCCACAGAGAAAAACGUCUCUCUGGAGCCUCAUCUGGUAGCACUCCGGAGAAAAAAUCUGCCUCAGAGGAGUCCCUAUUGAUUGAGAAGCAAGAUGGUUGUCAAAGAGACCUGCCCCUCAGUAAAAAAGACGAAAAGAGCAGGAGUCCUAGAGUAGCUUCAUUAGCCACUGGAUUCAACAGAGAGACAGAUGACAGAGUGAGAGAAAAAAACAUCAUCAGUGUAGCAAAAAGGACCUCAACAGAAAACAUCCUAUCACCAGAGAAGCCCCUGAGAAAUCGUGCCAAAAGCCCAGCUUUAAGGUACAACCAUUUCCAAGGAAUCAAUUCUUUGGAUGAGAAAGCUUAUGAUAAUGGACACUCACAUGACAGACCUUUGUCAGAGAAUGUCAUUCAUACAAAUGGAUGUGAUACAUAUGCAACAGAAAGACUUUGGGGUGACAAAAAGUACAUGGGGGUAACCAACAUAGAACAUGAGACCACAAAUCAAGACUUGGCAAGGUACGUAGAGAGGAGCUUUGGAGAGGCUUCUCCAAAUGCAGCUAUGGACAAAUAUAUGAGAGAUCGAUAUAAUGAAAGCAGAUGUGAGAGACAAUCCUAUGAAAAAGAACCAGAGAACACCAGAGCUACAUUACUGAAACAAACAUCCAAGGCAGAUCCUAAGGGCAAAGGCUCAACAAUCCAGAGACACGAUUCGACUGCAAGUGACACAUCACAAUCUGAGUUAAAGCGAAUUGUCCCAUUGAAGCCUGAGAGGUCGAAGAAGUUGAAAGACAGAAAAGGAGCAAAGCUGCAAGGACAACCAAGUGAGAGAAGUAUUUCAGGAUCAUUUGAUGAAAGUGAAGGCAUCAAUUCUAAGGAAGAUCAAGUAGUUUUUGAGAAUGCCCUGGACACCUUGUCACAGUCCAAAAAUUCUGCAACUUUAGAAAGCAUUGGAACUUUUGCCAAACAAGACUGGGCAAGUAAUUAUCACAAUUGGGAAACCAGAGAAUAUAUCCGUCAGUCUGUCCAAGACAGGCCCCAAUUAAGGGAUCUCAAGAACAACAUAGACCACAGACUAAGCAUUGAACAAGAUCAGUUCCUUUUUGACGAUCCACUCUUUAUGUUUGACUUUCCCACCAAUUCAACGUUUCCAGCCUUUGACCAGAUUGCCCCUUUAUACCCACCUGUAAAAUCCCAGAGAGCAAGAGAAACACGUACCAAACCAAUCACCAAAAGUGAUUCUGGCAACAGUCUUCACAAGAGCUCCGCCAUGGAAUCUUCCAAGAGGAAAUCAGUGAGAGAGCCCUGGGAGAGACGCUUGGGAUCGGUUUCAGAAGAUGACCCUGACCCAGACACUCUGUACCUAAAGGAGACCCACCUGGGAAUUGAGCGAAAAUGCUCAAGCAUCACUGUUAGCUCAACGUCCAGUCUGGAAGCUGAGGUGGACUUCACUGUGCUCAUGGACUUCCAAACUGGUAUGGAGGAAUUUUCUAGAGGCAUGACUGAGCUUGGAGAGAAAGACUACUCGCCUGAUUUUGGCCUCUCAGACCGUCCCACACAUCCAGCCUUUAUACUGGGAGCAGAUCCCAUCUACCUUCCUGAGGAAAGACAUGUAGAAGUACAGAGGCCCGUAGAGAAACCAAAGCCUGUUGUAGAACCGAAGCCACCGGAGGAACGUAAACCGGAGCCUUUUGUACCCAAGAAAGCUCCACGGUCGGUGAAAGCUGCACAGGCCCUAAGAAAAGACUCUACAGAACAAGCUAAUGCCCAGUCGAUGAGACGGGAGAGCUCUGAAUCACCCCCAAUCCACCCUCUCAGCAGAGAGAGCAGUGAAAUCAUUGCCUCCCAGGCUCUAAGGAAGACUGAGGUCAAGAUCGAGACGCAGCCCAAUGGCUCAGAGGUCACCACAACCAUAAUGGAGAUUGCAGACCCGGACCAUGGUAUCAGCGGUAUGCGAGAAGCUGCGUACUCUAUGACAGAGAGAGUCUCUCCUGUAUGUCAAUCCUUUCAUCGGGUGAACUUGGGAUCAUUAGCUAGAGAUGGUUCUCCACUAAUGGUUACUGAGAAUGUAACAUCUGCCACUACAACUCAUGUUACUAAGACGGUGAAAGGAGGCUACUCAGAGACAAGAAUUGAAAAGAGGAUCAUCAUUACUGGUGAUGAUGAUGUUGAUCAAGAUCAGGCGCUCGCCAUGGCAAUAAAAGAAGCCAAGCAACAGCACCCUGACAUGUUGGUAACCAAGGCUGUAGUUGUCAGGGAAACAGAAUCUUCCACGCAAGAUCCACAUGAGGAAUCGAAGUCCUGAUCUCCUCACUUCUCAGGACUUCAUCGAGAAUCAACUUUUCCUCAAUGACUGCCAGUGGGUCUCCAAACAUCUACAGACCUCUAAUAUUAAGCUUCUUGCUUCCACUUACAUACACAACACUAACAUUUACACAUGCACACAAACACAUGCUGCCUCCCAGACGUCGGAACCUAUUCCUGCUCAUGUAAUUUCUAUUUCGUGUCUACAUUUGCUGUGGUAAUAUGGACCAGGAGGCACACGGUCUUCCUCCCAGAGGACCGCUUUGGAGGGACGGACUCAGCAUCACAUCGAUCAGACGACUUAGCCGCCAUUGUAGUCUCUUGCUUUUUCUUCACACAUGUGAAAACUAACCAAGCGUACUAUCAACAGCCCGAUGCUAACAUCAAGCAUGAGGCAUAGGGCUUUUUGAUGAACGUGCUGAAUUAGCUUAGUGGAGUGACAGUAGUGUCUAUUGAGUAGUUUUUUUCUAGGGUUCAUUGAGAUAUAAAAACAGAAGAUCUUUUUUGCAAACACUGAACUGUAGGGAAAGCCUAGCUAGUGUGCAUACAGUAUGUCGUGCUUCUCAAAUCAACAGAUUAUGUUGCUGUUCAAUUCUGAACCAUCAUCUGCAUGUGACAAAGCAGGGUUUAAAAUAAUUUUCGUAUUUCAUACAACUAACUAUAACCUAUAACCUGGUUUAGGACCCUAGCAAAACGAGACUGUAUUAAUGUAUGGUUGCCAAAACAUUUGACUGUCCUCUUAUAAGUACUUCAUUUCCGCAUUAAACAUAAUAUGGAAGUAGUCGACUUGCACAUUUACCUCCCGAAAACCUGUUCUUUUAUUACUUUUACAGAUAUCCAGAAUGUGUUUUCAGUUAUUCCGGGAACACUUGCAUCAGCCUAGUAGAUAUCACAAACAAAGAAAAUACACCUAUUUUCAGUACAACCUUUUUCAAAGUACCUUUAGUAUUCAAGUUUAGAUUUUAGAAUUAAAAUAUCCCCAAGUAUGAAAUGCACGAUACAAAAAGUAACAUGUUUGCUUGUUGAAUGCUCUAUUUCAUCUUCUGCGCAUAUCGUUAAACUGUGAAAAAUUAUUUGAAGUCCAAAGAAACCAAACCUAAUUUGAAUUUAGUACAUGCUGACAUGAUACAUAAAUAAUCAAUGUUAUGUGCAUGUGCGUUUAGAGUUUAAGCAUUUGAAGAAGAAGAAAAAAAUAAUCAUUUUUAAAAGGAUUGCAAAAAAUAAUAAUUUUGAAUUAUUUUCCAACAAGCUGGUACUUAUAGCAAAUUCCCUACUGCUCUGUAUGUUUUUAAAACUUCUGUGAUUUGUUUUUUUUUAAACUGUUCCUUCCCGCACAAUGCUGUGCCAACGAACUAAUGAUUUAAAAAAAAUGGAUUUGUUAGAUAUGAGAACUUUUUAUGUGUAAAUGUCAUGAGCCUGUGGUUUUCAGUGAAGCGUGACCCUUGAGCCAUGAAUCUCUUUACAAACCUUCCUCUGUGAAAGCGGUAGAAAUCCUGGAUGAGACAGGACGUGUAUGUGUUCUAGUAUUGAAUGGAUGAAUGAACUUUGAAUUGUGAGUAUUGCCAAAUGAAAAACCUAGCAGACUCUAUGUAAGGACGAAAGAAAGCCAGGACAGCUCUCGAUAACCUUUGCUAACAUGGUCAAGGCUUGUUGUUGUGUAACUAAUGCAUUUGUUCAGGCCUGUGCACUAUGUGAAAAUUAAAACAGCCUGCAGAUAUCAGAAGGGGGAUUUGUAAAUGUCUUACUUCCAACUUGUACAGUUGCUGAUUUUUGAGAACAAGGGAGCUGACCUAGGAUAUAAAGAAAAGAAGUGCCAUGCAAAGGUUGAUAGUUGGAUGUCAAGUCAACCACAGCAUUCUUUCGCCAGCUCAUUUGCUAAGCCUAUGUCAGAGUUUUGUCACUUUACAAGACAAAUGCCCUCGUUUAUGCUGUACAUGUUGCAUUUAACAUUUGAACUUUGAGGAAAACAAGUUAAGCUUAAAAAAAAAUCAAUAUUUUAGCAUUGACUCCCCUGAGAUUCCACCUGCAGAAACUUCUGUUUACACUGCUAUCCUCUCUACUUUCUACUGCUUGGUUUUGUGUGUUUGCUGUACAGUGUUCGAAAUAAAUACGAUUCAUCCAAGUUA